UAAUCAGACCGAAUCAGUCGCCCGGCAACCGACCCAUGAUUGAUUGUCGUCUUCCUCUGCCCCAGUGGUUGUAACCGUUUCCUUUCUGCACUCUCUCUCUAUAUAACUCCACCGCCUCCUCCUCCUCCUGAACCCUCCUCCUCAGUCUUGCUCCUGCAAGCAACAACAACCAAAAAAAAAAAAAAAAUGUGCGGCGGUGCGAUCAUUUCCGGCUACGUCGACGAGAAGAGCGGCCGUAAGUUGAAGGCCAAGGAGCUCUGGUCGGAGCUCGACACGCUCUCCGACUUCCUCGGCUUCGGCUUCCCCGGCAGCCACGAUACCAAAACCUUUAAUCCUCACCAUCCAGGCGAAGAUAAUGAGGUGAAGAGUAAUAAUAAUAAUAAUGAAGAUAAAAAGGCGCGGCGGCAGAGAGCGCGGAAGAACGUGUACAGAGGGAUACGGCAGCGGCCGUGGGGGAAAUGGGCGGCGGAGAUAAGAGAUCCGUACAAGGGAGUCAGGGUCUGGCUGGGAACCUACGGCACGGCGGAGGAAGCCGCUCUGGCUUACGACGGCGCCGCCAAGCGGAUCCGCGGCGACAAGGCCAAGCUCAAUUUUCCGGACAUCUCCGCCGCCUCGAAAUUCCCUCCGCCGCCGCAGACGGGCGGAGAUGAAGAAUCAGCAGCAUCUUCCGAUUAUCAACCUCCAGCCAAGAAGCAGUGCUUCGCCGUCGGAGCCGAACUUCCUCCUCCUCCUCCUCUGCUGGCGGCGCAACCGUUUCCGGGAUUCGGAUUCGAUGACAACGAGCCGCCUCCGGGUAGGCCGUCCGAGCUGGAAGAGCAAAUCUCGAGCCUGGAAUCGUUCCUGGGGCUGGAGCCGGAGGCGGCAGCGGGCAUCCUGCCGGUCAUCGGAGGCGGCGGAGAAGAAGCGACGGUGGACCUAUGGAUGCUGGACGACCUGGUGAACCAGUACCAGCAGCUGCCACGUCAGGUGGCUUAUUGAGAAAGAGAGAGAGAGAGAGAUGAAGAAUAAAUAAAAACAGAUGGAGAUGAGGUUAACUUGUUAAUGAAGCAAUUACCAGUUCUGGCUUUGGCUACUGAUUAAGGUCGGUAGCGUUUCAGCUUAGAUGUCUGUUGUUUUUUUGUAUUAUGCUUUGUGUUUAAUAUUUCUGUAUUAAGGGUACUCUAAUACUUCCCGCUUUAUUUUUGUUAUUUUGUCUUUUGGGUUUGUGGGGGCAAUCUGGCGCUUGUUUCAAUCCCCCGUCUGUUUAAAAAUAAGUAAUAAUGUUUAAUCAAGGUACUCUGUGUAUAAUUAAUUAAGUUCAUGCUCUAAUUCUGCAAUGGUAUCGAUACUGGACCAACAGAAUCUCUCGUAGUUAAAAAAAAUAAAAAUGAUCGAUCACUAUUCUUGCAGUAGAUAAACUCCAAGAGGAAUUUUACAAUGCUAUAUAGUAUUGGUGCUAUAGGUUUUUACCUUUAUGGUACAACUUUAAAUUGUACCUUUAAUGUUAUGGUACAACUUCAGAUUGUACCUAUACUUUUUGUACAAAUUCUUUUAUGGUACAACUUAAACUUGUACCUUAUGUGAUGGUACAACUUCAAGUUGUAAAGUUGUACCAUAACAUAAUGAUACAAAUUCCUUUAUGGUACAACCUAAACUUGUACAUCUAAUGUUAUGGUACAACUUCAAGUUGUACAUUAAAGCACCAAUACUAAUGUUAUGGUACAACUUCAAGUUGUACAUUAAAGCACCAAUACUAUAUAGUAUAGUAGAAUUGCUCAAACUCCAAUGGGCUUUAUCUGUUCCAGAAUAGGCCCGACCUCGUGUCGAGUCUAUGCGUAUGGAGCGUACCUAACCUACCACAUUAGCAGCAAGAGCGCUUCCUCUUUCUUUUUACAAUAAACGAUGACCAAUUUAAUGAUCGAGUAACAUUUUCUUUAUACUAUUUAUAAUACGUCGCAAUUGUGCAUUUCAUAUAAAUAAUAUGGUAUCAAAAUAUAGAACUCUUAUGGGUAUUACUUACACGUAUAUGAACCAUAUCAUCAAACACUCUUAUCCUACGAAACAUAUAUGAACCAUAUAAUUUAUAUCAAACCAAAAUUUUCUCGUCGGGAAGCAACAACUCGCGAUACGAGCCACUAGCUACCAGUGGAAGGGGCGGCCACCGUAUUCUGGUACGAAUAUAUACAGUAGAACAGCCAAGACAAAAUUAUUGUGUCACAAAUACGUACAUCUAUACGGCGAGUGAUGUAAUAGCUGCAAACUGCAAAAUCGUGUGUGUAUUACACAUCACAGUGAAGAAACAAAGUUAUAUAUAUAUAUAUAUCCAUGCAAUCGAAUCGAUGAGUCGUCCAACGCUGACAGUCGUUCCGUUUUGGAAUUGAGCUCUUCUGCUAAAAGUUGGUUCUUCUUCUCGAAUGCACUCAUUGUUCUUAUUCUUCCGCCCGUUUUCAUUUCAAUAUUUGUUAGAUAUAAAUUGAACUUAUACGUUCAAUGUUACGAUACAAAUUCAAUUUGUAGUUGCAAAUAAGACAAUUUGAAGCAUAGUUGAGCUAAGCAUAACAGCACGUAAAUAAUAUCUUACUCGAAGUUGGAUGGAAUAUUAGUUACUGUAUAAAUCGUCAUUCAUUCUUCCCUUCUUUUUUUUUUUUACCGUUGACCAACCGAGAUGUAGGAUGAAUUUCAUUGAAUGGAGACGAGAAUCGGACAUCACCAACUUGCUACCUAGCUAAGGAUCCGCUUUGUCGAUUCUAUCUUCGUACAAAUGAAUUAGAGUAUAGCCCAUCAUUGUUUACAUAUUCGGUUGUCGGUUCAUGGAAUUGGUGUCAACUAGUUCUAACAAGUUAUUUAUUGCCACCCUUAUGCCAUCGUUUUACAUAAUAAAAAUGAUAAAAUGAA